AUGGCCCAACCACCUUCGCAGCCGCGCGCCUACUCGCAAGCAUAUCUCCCCAACGGCGGCGCACAACAACCCAGCGGCCCUGUGCCAGGAGCUCGACCACUCGACCCCAACCAAGGUCGCGUGCAGCAGCUCGGCCAUGCGCGAGUGCUGUGUAUCGCAGACGUGCGAGGCAACCUGCGACAGCUGAACGAGCUUGCACGCAACGCCAAAGCCGACUACAUCAUCCACACGGGCGACUUUGGUUUCUACGAUGACCAGUCGCUCGAACGCAUCGCAGAGAAGACACUCAAGCACGUAGCUCAGUACUCGCCGCUCCUUCCCGAACCUCUCAAGGCCGACAUAGCACGCACCGGUCCUCAGCAGUCGAUAAAAGAUCGGUUCCGGCAAGAACGCCUCCCACUCUCAGAGCUCCCUCAGUUCCUCAACAAGUCCCAGCGCCUCGAUGUACCUGUCUACACUGUCUGGGGCGCCUGCGAGGAUGUUUCCGUCUUGGAGAAGCUGCGCUCGCAAGAGUACAAGGUCGACAACCUGCACAUCAUUGAUGAAUCGCACUCGCGACUACUUGAUGUCGGUGGCAUCAAGCUGCGACUUCUCGGCCUUGGAGGUGCCGUGGUUAUGCACAAGCUCUUCGACAACGGCGAGGGCAGGACAACCAUUGCAGGUGGCCAAGGAACUAUGUGGACAACCCUCCUGCAGAUGGGUGAGCUGAUCGACACCGCUAACCGCGUCUACGAUCCUACCGAGACUCGAGUCCUCGUCACCCACGCCUCGCCAGCUCGUGAAGGCCUCCUCAACCAGCUGUCUGUGCAACUGAAAGCUGACUUCUCGAUAUCCGCCGGUCUCCACUUCCGAUAUGGCAGCUCUUACAACGAAUUCUCCGUCAACCCAUCUCUCGACCACUACCGCGGCAAGCUUUCCGCAUCGAAGGCUUCCUUCAACGACGUGUGGGAGACUGUCAAGCAUGAGGUGGAGCCAGCUGUUUCGGAGAACGAGGCACAGAACAAGCUCCUGCAGGGUGCUCUGGAUCUGGUCAGCAAGAUGCCUACCAACGCCAGUGGCGGUAACCCAUUCGGCGGAGGAGGUCAGAUCAACGGAGCCGUCGAUGAGUCGGCUUUCAAGAAUAUGUGGAACUUCAACUUGGCUGACGCUGCUUUCGGCUGGCUUGUUCUGGACAUCGACCAGGGUAGAAUCGGUACGGAGAUGCGCGCGCAAGGCUUCAACUUCUCGCAUCGCUCAGGCAAGACACCACAGAGAGCACAAGGGCUGCCGCAGGCACCGAUCAACGCAACGAUGCAGCCAACUGGUGGCGUCCUGCCAACUCCCGGCCAGCAGCCUCCACCAAUGGCCCAGCAGCAGGCACGCCCUCCACAGCAGGCGAACAACGUGCCACCUCAGCAGCGCUCGCAGCCACCAAACGCUCAGCAACAGGCACGACCCGGACAACAGCAAUCGCCGGCACCCGGUGGCAAGCCAGCUACACCUCAAGCAGCACUGACCGCCAACGGUACAACUGCACCAACUGCUAACCUACCGACCAAGGAUCUUCCACAGACAAACGGCACAUCAGCAGCUGAGGUCGCCAAGCCUGAGACACCAUUCCAGAACAAACAAGCCAACGCCGGACAGUCACCACAGCAGCAGGAGCCAUCCAAGGGUAUCUUCGUCAUGAACGGACCAAGCAGCAUUGACGAGGUCAAGUCAGAAUUGUUCACUCCUGAAGAUGCUGCUAAGAUUACGGACGUGACCAAGGCAGGUCCACCAGGUCGCUGGGCAGUCCACUUUGCCACUCCGGAGAUCAUGCAAGAGGUCCUCAAGACUGGCCAACCCAAGGAGGCCGGCGAGAAGUAUAAGGGCGUGAGGCUUACGGUUUAUAGACCAAACCCUAGCCGAGGCAACUAUGGCGGCGCUGGCGGCUGGGGUCCUGGCCCACGAGGAGGUCACAGCAACAGAGGUGGACCUGAGGGUCGCGGCGGCUACCAAUCCGCAGGAGGCGCUACAACUGGUAGUGACAGCGAGUCCGGACGUGGUGGUCGUGGACGCGGCCGAGGAGGAGCAUUCCGAGGCGAGAACCGCGGUGGCCGUGGAAGCCGUGGCGGACGUGGUGGGGAGCGUGGUGGUAAGCCUGAUGGUGCUGCUGCCGCUGCUGCUCCAGCUGGAGGCGAUUCUUAG